AUGAGGCUUCAAAAUGGAAAAACGCAUGCUACCACAAAUGAACUUGAUUUAAUGUCUGGUGAAGAUGAAAACAAGAAACAACAAAGCUUCUAUAAAAACGAAGCUAUUAUGAAAGAGGUUCGAAAGGGUAGCAAGAAAAUGGAGGAUGGUGAUGGAUUGAAAUGCUGUACAUUUGGAAUCUGUCUUCCAGGUUUUGGUAAAGUAAAAGCAAUUAAAGCAAGAAAAAGUGAAACCAAAGUGGAUUGUUCAGUGAAUGUGAUUUCUAGUACAUUUUCAUUUUCUUUUGAAACCUUUGACAUUAAUGCACAAGGAAGAAUAGUUCGUGAAGAUAAUAAUGAAGAUGAUUCUAUCAGUUCCUACUUUGAACUUCCGGAAACUAUGAUGUGA